AUGAACUUCUACACCUUCUUCGCAUUCUUCGCCAUUCUCGCUGUCGCUUCUGUCUCUGGACACCGUUGCCGUGGAAGUUCCUAUGGAGGAGGUGGUCGUGGGGGACGUGGAGGAGCCAUCGUCAUCGGAUCCAACAACCCAAAUAAGUCUUAA